AUGUCUUCCACUCAGUCCGACUCCUUUAAUCCCAGUGGAGCUGCUGGUCAGACCGGCCUGCAGCUCGAUCACCAUCCUCUUGAUCCCCUUUCGGCCCAAGAAAUUGCUGCUGUCUCGCUCAUCGUUCGCAGCCACUUUGCCGCCCGCACUUCGGUCAAGGCCAUCAAGUUCGUCAGCUCACUUCUCAUCCCUCCCGUCAAAGCAGCUGUCCUUUACGCUCUCGGCCUCCCCCUCCCUCGAGGCGCUAAGCUCGAUAGCCGAUCCGCUCUCAAGCUCCUCAAUCGUCGAGCUGAGGUUCAGCUCAUUGACGUUGUCACCGGUGACACCUAUGAGGUCAACGUCGCUAUCGCCAACGAUCUUCCCCUCCCUGGUCGCGAUGGCAAGUACGCUCCCUCCACCGCCUCCGCUCUCGGAAAGGUUGAGAGCAUCAACAAGCUAGAUGUCGGUGUUCAGCCUGGCCUCACUCCCGAAGAGGUCAACGAGGCUGAAGAGGUCCUCCGCAACGAUUCUCGCAUCGUCGCCAUCGCUCGCGAGGUUGGCAUCGAGCCCGAGAACCUCUGGGCAGAUGGCUGGUCGCUCGGAUAUGACGACCGAUUCGACAAGAGCCUUCGCGUCCAGCAAUGUCUCGUGUACGCCCGCAAAAGUGAGCACGAGAAUCUCUAUGCCCAUCCCAUGGACUUCUACCCUGUCAUCGACUGCAAUGCCGGCAAGGUCAUCGCUAUCGAUUUCCCCGGUCACCGCGAUCCUGUCACUGGAAAGCUCUCGACCCCAAAUGGCACUACAAAUCCUGGACCCAUCACUAUGGACGCUGACGAAGCACUUGCGUACUCAGGACGUAAACGCAUUCCACCUCCAAUGGAGUCGUUCGACUACCUGCCCGAACUUAUGGCGCUCGACCCCAAGAUGCCUCCUCUUCGAACCGAUCUUAAGCCUCUUCACGUCGUACAGCCUCAGGGCGUGAGCUUCAAGCUCAAAGGCAACGUGCUCGAAUGGCAAAAGUGGAAGAUGCACAUUGGUUUCCACCCACGAGAUGGUCUCGUCCUCUCCACCAUCAGCUACAACGAUAGGGGCAACGUUCGCCCUAUUCUAUACCGCAUGUCUGUUGCCGAGAUGGUAGUUCCCUAUGCUUCCACUGAGCACCCGCAUCCCCGCAAGUUUGCCUUCGACGUCGGAGAGUAUGGCAUGGGCACUCUUUCCAACAGCCUCAAGCUUGGAUGCGACUGCCUCGGCACCAUUCACUACCUCGAUGGGCACUAUGUCGGACUCGAUGGUAGCCCUACUGCCGUUGAGAACGCCAUCUGCAUUCACGAGGAAGACGCUGGUAUCGCAUGGAAGCACACCGACUACCGACCUGGCGGAAAGGUUCGCUCUGCUCGAGGCAGAAAGCUUGUGAUUCAGAUGAUCUGCACCAUCGCCAACUACGAGUACAUCUUUGCCUACAUGUUCCACACCGACGGCAGCAUUCAGCUCGAGACAAAGCUCUCGGGUAUCCUGAAUCUGUACGUCAAGGACAAGGAUGAGCCAAAUCCAUAUGGUGUUGAGGUGGCACCGCAAGUCAACGCCCACUACCACCAGCACUUGUUUGCGCUCAAGAUCGACCCCAUGGUCGACGGCUGCGAGAACACAGUGAUUCAAACAGAUUGCGAGCCAACAUCAGCGCCGACAGGUUCAGAUCGAAACUACCUCGGUAACGGCUUUGUCACUGUCAAGACACCCAUCAAUGUCUCUGGUGGCUACGACUGGGACUGGUCGAGACAUCGCACUUGGGCCAUCUACAACACGAACAAGCAGCACUACUCUGCUGGCUUGCCUGUUGGCUACAAGAUCCACACUCGUGAUUGGGAGCCUCUUGCGCUUCAGAAGGAUUCGAUGGUGGCGCAGCGAGCUGAGUUCACCAAGCACGCAUUGUGGGUGACCAAGUUCAACGAAGAGCAGCUGUGGCCGGCGGGUAAGUACGUACCUCAGCAGCGAGGCACAGCACCCGACUCGAUCGGCCACUGGGCCAACGAGAAGAACAAGGUCGACGACGAAGAGAUCACUGUACACGCCAUCUACGGUAUCACCCACAUCCCUCAUGCUGAGCAGUUCCCCGUGAUGCCCGUUGAGCAUCUCAAUGUCUGGCUCAAGCCGAGCAACUUCUUCGACUUCAACCCUGCCCAGGAUCUGCCCGCGCUCAACGACCCUUACUCGGUCAAUGCAUUCGGUAGUAGCACCGGCAAGCCGCAGUUCGAUGUCAAGGCGAAUGCUGCUGCACCUGCUUCGAGUUCGGCCUCCUCGUCGACAUCAACAACAAAUGGUGACUGCUGCAAGUCCAAGAAAAGUGUCUCGGUGCCUCAGCCUCGACAUGGAAUUAGCAUCUCGACUCGUUCGGCUUCUUUGGGCUCGGCUUCCAACGCUCAUCCUCAAAACUGCGCCUGCUGCGCUAGCGACAGCUCCAGCCGUCUCUGA